CGGUCCCUGUUGCCGUCUAGCAGAGCCGUGGACCUCCCCAAACUAAAUCUGUAUGGACCUGGACAUGAGGUGGUGGUCAGGAAAACUGAAAACUCAAGUGAGAUGGAGCAACACAUGUUGAGCUUGAGUGGAGAAUGCUGCUUCGAAGGGAAGUCCCCGUGUUGUUCAGACUCCGAGACUUUGAGUCAGGGAGACAAAGAAUACGAUGAUAUCCUGGAGCUUAAUCAGUUUGAUGGACUUCCUUACUCAUCAAGGUUUUACAAACUGCUAAAAGAAAGGAAAGAGCUGCCGGUGUGGAGAGCAAAGGAUGAAUUUAUGGAUUCUUUGACCAAAGGACAGUUUGUGGUUCUUAGUGGCUUUGCCAAAACUGGAAGAAGCUCUCAAAUUCCACAGUGGUGUGCUGAAUUCUGCCUCUCGGUCCGGUUCCAGCAUGGGAUGGUGGUGUGCACCCAGAUUCAUCCACAGCAGGCGGUUGAUCUCGCUCUGAGAGUGGCCGAUGAGAUGGACAUCAACAUCGGUCAUGAGGUCGGGUACACCAUUCCCUUGGAAACUUGCUGCACCAGUGAAACUUUCCUCAGGUAUUCUACAGAUGAUAUGCUGCUGAGGGAAAUGAUGUCAGACCCUUUGCUUGAACGUUACGGUGUGGUGAUCGUGGACCAGGCCCACCAGAGGACCGUUGCUACCGAUGUGCUUUUGGGUCUGCUGAAAGAAGUCGCCCUGCAGAGGCCAGAGCUCCGUGUGGUCCUCCUGUCUGCGACCAAACCGGACCCCAAGCAGCUGAACCUCUUCACUGGGUCGGCACUGCCAGCCAUCCACCUGGAGGCCCCAGAGGUUGGGGAGGUGGCGUACAGCAGCACAGGUGACAACUACUUCUGUUCUGCUCUCCGUCUCGUGCUGGAGAUCCAUCGCUCCAAGGAGCCGGGGGAUGUGGUUGUGUUUCUGGUGACGAUGCAGGAAAUAGAUCUGGCCCAUAACAUCCUGUGUCAUGAAAAGCGAGGCUUGCCACCUGGUCUGGGUGAGCUGCUGCCCAUAGCUGUACAUCCUGACCAACCUGGGAGUCUACCGAUGUUUGGGGAAGAGGAGGGUCAGACCAGACGAGUGUUCCUCACAAGCAGUCCAAAUGAGGACUUCUUCUGGGCUUAUAGCUCAAUUAACUUUGUUAUUGAUGCUGGAGUGGAAAAAAAAUAUGUUUACAACCCGAGAAUCAGAACAAACUCUGUCAUCAUCCAGCCAAUCAGCUCAGGUCAAAGCGAGUGCCGCAAACAGCUGGCUGGUCCAACAGGCAAGUGUUUUCACCUUUACCCGAAAGAGAGACAGCUUCCUGCAAAGAUUCGUCCUCGUAUUGUGGAGUCUGACAUCACCUCCACCGUGCUGUUCCUAAAGAGGAUGGAGAUCGCCGGGCUGAGUCACUGUCACUUUAUCGACAGGCCAGACCCUGGAGGUCUAAUGCAGGCACUGGAGGAGCUGGACUACCUGGCAGCUCUGGAUAACGACGGGAACCUUUCUGAGAUGGGCAUCAUCAUGUCUGAGUUCCCACUGGAGCCUCAAAUGGCCAAGACUGUGCUGGCCUCCUGUGAGUUUGACUGUGUCAACGAAGUGGUCAUCAUUGCAGCCAUGCUAGCAGCGCCCUCUUGCUUCAUGGUUCCGGCUGUGGAGCUGAAGCCAGAGGCAGCCCAGUACCGCAUGAAGUUCCAGCACCCGGAAGGAGACCACUUCACCCUCAUCAACAUCUUCAAGGCUUUCAAACAGUGUCAGCAGGAUGAAUACUGCGAUGAAGAGAAGUGGUGUCAGGACUUCUUCUUCAACCACACUGCCCUGCUGACGGCCGAUGCUCUUCGAACCGAGCUCACUGACACGCUGAGGAGAAUCGAGCUGCCUGUCUCAACACCCGCCUUUGGCUGCCGAGGCAACACGGUCAACAUCAAGAGAGCCCUGCUCGCAGGGUUUUUCAUGCAGGUGGCUCGGGAUGUUGAUGGAUCGGGGAACUAUUUCAUUCUGACUCAUAAACACGUGGCACAGAUCCAUCCGAUGUCUGGAUAUGGAGCCAAGAGCCCCAAGCUGGGCCUACCGGAGUGGGUGCUCUUCCACGAGCACACGUUCUCGGAUGACAACUGCCUCUGCACCGUCACCCACAUAACGCCUGAGGAGUUCGUUCAAAUGACGCCACAGUACUUUUUCUACAACUUGCCAUCGAGUGAGAGCAAAGACCUCCUGCAGAAUAUCCUGAACGGCGGAGCGUCUCAGAACGAGGAGGACAAGAGCUCGUCAAGCCAGGAACCCCAGGAAGACCAGACGUCUGACCGCUGCGUCAUACAGUGACUGUCAGUGCCGCCACUUCCAGUCACAGCUGAACUAACUAAGACCUAGCUUGUCUUCACUUCUAGCAUCGACACCAUCCGGAUAGCUGAGCUGUUGCCACAAUGUCCUCGAUUUUUAUUUCUAGCAUUCACCUUUCCCUCCAUUUGUGGCCCUCUUCCUUUUCUUUAUCAGUCAAGGUUUUAUUUUAAAUAGUAAUGUACAGUGCACUAAUAUAAAAAUUAAAAUAUUUAACAUAUAUGUUUGGCAUUAUUGCUCAGUACAAAUGAGAUAUUUACAUACAUUGGUUAUAAUUUUAAGACUAAAGACGCACUUGAGUCAUUGUUUUUACUGGGUGGACUGACAAAACAGUUAUUAAAAAGUGCAAUUUGGUACAAAAGUUUGAAUUUAAUUAGGGUAAAACUUCU